AAGCUAAUCAGAUUAAAAGAAAAAAAAAGGAAGAAGCCCAAUUCUCGAAUUAUUUCUAGGCUUCUAUUGGCAGCCUCCGCCCCCGGCAUGGUUCGAGAGAUUGCGAGCAGAGGAAAUGGCGAUGAUUCAGUGGUGCGGCGCGGUGGCUAGGAGAAUAACGGUGAAGCAGUGGCCUCCUCUAUCACAGGAUUUGCCGAGUGGAGUAAUGGCGGCGGAGGCGCCGAUCCUUUGCGGCAGGGGCGACAAAAAGACGAAGAGAGGGAAGAGAUUCAAAGGAUCGUACGGGAACGCCAGACCCAAGAAGGAGAAGAUGAUCGAACGCAUCAAAGACAAGGUCGAAGUUCCCAGGUCCACCCCUUGGCCUCUCCCCUUCAAGCUCAUCUAAAACAAAUUAAUUAUCUUUCCUCUCUUUUGCAUUAGCUGUAGUAAUAAAUCUUAAUUUUGCACAAUUUUUUUCUGGAUUUUCUGUUUGUUACUUUAAUAUUUGUGGGGUUUGAGUUUUAGGCAUGGGUUUUUGUUUCUGGAAACUGUUGUUACGAAAUUAGUAAAUUCGAAUGCUUGUUAAA